UUACAGGUGGGGUGUGAGUGGGUUUGGUUGGAUUCUAGACAAGACUCUCAUGAUGACUCUGAGUUGAGCAAUGACUGCAGGUCCCUCUUCAGCUCUUGGGACUCCAGUCUGGAUCUUGAUGUGGGCAGCUGGAAGGACACUGAGGAGGCAGAGGCAGAGGCUGAUGAACCCGAGGAAAGCAGCCCGGAGAAAGGAUCUAGCGAGUUUCUUGUGGGAGAUGUAGAAAGUGAAGAACCCCGGGAAGAGACAGAACAAGACACACCCCAGGACCUCCUCUCUGAGGGGGAGACUCAGCAAGACUCUAAAGAGGACGAUCAGAGUGAAGGGUCUGCUUCAGACGGAGAAGGCACGCCCCCUGUAGGUGAGGGUCGGGACGGCAUCCGAGUUCAGGAAGCUCCCCUCGUGAAUAUCCUGUACAACUCCUCACAACUGUUUAGCAGCCCAUUUCUGAAACCUGUGUCAGAGAAGCAGGCUCCAGGAUACAAGGAUGUGGUGAAAAGACCCAUGGACUUAACGACCCUGAAGAGGAAUCUGUCUAAGGGACACAUUCACACCAUGGCUGAAUUCCAGAGGGAUCUAAUGCUGAUGUUCCAAAAUGCCGUGAUGUACAACGACUCUGACCAUCACAUAUACCACAUGGCUGUGGAGAUGCAGCGGGAAGUCUUGGAGCAGAUCCAGGUUCUGAGUACUUGGCUGGAUAAAAGGAAGGACUUGAGUAGUCUGGAAUGAGUGGCAGCUAAUCCAGCGGAUGAAGGAAGCU